AUGCCGCUACAGAAGAAAGAUUACAUCAGUGACAUCUGGAAGGAUGGCAUCUUUGCGAACAAAGUGGUAUUCUGCACGGGUGGCGCAGGCACAAUUUGCAGCGCUCAGGUCAAGGCACUGGUUCAUUUAGGUGCUAACGCAUGCAUCAUCGGUCGCAAUGUCGAGAAAACCGAGCGCGCCGCCAAGGAGAUCGCGACUCUCCGCCCCGGUGCCAAAGUAAUUGGUAUCGGCGCAGUGGACGUUCGCAAGUUCGAGAGCUUAAAGGAUGCCGUGGAGCGCUGCGUGAAGGAGCUGGGCUCGAUCGACUAUGUCAUUGCCGGUGCCGCAGGCAACUUCCUGGCUUCCAUUGAGCAGCUUUCUGUGAAUGCUUUCAAGUCUGUCAUGGAUAUUGAUGUCUUAGGCUCGUACAAUACCCUCAAGGCUGUUCUGCCUUAUCUCAUCGAGUCGGGUAAGAAACACAGAGUCGACUCUGAACUCAACCCGUCACCACUGGGUACUGGCGGCAGAAUCAUCUUCGUCAGUGCUACCCUGCACUACCGCGGUAUGCCUUUCCAGGCUCACGUUUCCGUCGCCAAAGCUGGCAUCGACUCUCUAUCAAACUCCGUUGCCAUCGAGUAUGGUCCUCGAGGCGUGACAUCUAACAUUAUCGCCCCGGGCCCUAUUGAAUCAACCGAGGGCUUGGACCGUCUGCUUCCAUCAGACGCUAAAGCGGAGUAUACCAGGGCCCAGCCCCUGGGUCGCUUUGGCCAUGUUCGUGAUAUUGCGGACGCGACUGUUUAUCUCUUCUCUGAUGCCGGAAGCUAUGUAAGCGGUCAGACAUUAGUUGUGGACGGCGCAAACUGGCGUGUUUCAGGAGGAACUACCUCUCAAGGUAACCUCCAGUACCCGGACUUCCUUUUGUCUGGCGAGGAAGUCCCAAAUGUCACGGGUAGAAAGUCGAAGAUUUGA